CAACAUCCGUCGACGGAAGCGCAGACCAGCGGCGAGCUGCAGACAGAGGCUGUGCAUUUUUCACCAGCGUGUGUUCUUGUUAAAUUGACAAAACGUCUUACGCAAUGAGAGGAGAUCGUGGCAGGGGCCGAGGUGGCCGGUUCGGCUCCCGCGGAGGUUUGGUCCAGGGGUAUCGGCCCUUUGUCCCUCACAUACCAUUUGACUUCUAUGUUUGUGAGAUGGCCUUUCCUCGAGUGAAGCCAGCCCCUGAUGAGACCGCUUUCAGUGAAUGUCUGCUGAAGAGAAACCAAGACCUCUCUCCUAACCCUACUGAACAGGCUUCCAUUUUGUCCUUGGUCACUAAGAUUAACAACGUCAUUGACAACCUAAUUGUGGCACCUGGAAACUUUGAAGUGCAAAUUGAGGAAGUAAGGCAAGUGGGCUCGUAUAAAAAGGGUACCAUGACAGCUGGACACAAUGUAGCCGACCUCGUGGUUAUCCUGAAGAUCUUACCCACCUUGGAAGCUGUCGCUGCCUUGGGAAACAAAGUAGUUGAGACCCUGCGUACACAGGACCCUUCUGAGGUACUGUCCAUGCUGACCAACGAGACAGGAUUUGAGAUCAGCUCUGCUGAUGCCACUGUGAAAAUUCUCAUCACCACGGUUCCACCCAACCUGCGCAAACUGGACCCAGAGCUCCACCUGGACAUCAAGGUUCUGCAAAGUGCUCUGGCAGCCAUUCGUCACGCUCGCUGGUUUGAGGAGAACGCUUCUCAGUCAACUGUGAAAGUUUUGAUCCGCUUGCUGAAAGACCUGCGAGUCCGAUUUCCUGGAUUUGAGCCUCUCACACCCUGGAUUCUAGAUCUGCUGGGACACUCUGCUGUGAUGAACAACCCGUCUAGGCAGCCCUUGCAACUCAAUGUUGCUUACAGGCGCUGUCUUCAGAUGCUCGCCGCAGGUCUUUUCCUGCCAGGCUCUGUAGGAAUCACUGAUCCGUGUGAAAGCGGAAACUUCCGUGUGCACACAGUCAUGACCCUGGAGCAGCAGGACAUGGUGUGUUUCACAGCCCAAACACUGGUGAGGGUUCUCUCUCAUGGAGGAUACAGAAAAAUAUUGGGCCUUGAAGGAGAUGCUAGUUAUCUCACCACUGAGAUGUCUACAUGGGAUGGAGUGAUUGUCACCCCAUCUGAAAAAGCUUAUGAGAAGCCCCCAGAGCGCAAGGAAGAGGAGGAUGAAGCACUGGAGGAAGGUGGAGAGGGAGAAGAUGAAAGCAUGGAGACCCAAGAGUAAUGCAAUGGCCUCUGACAAAGUUUUGGCUUGGUCAUUUGUAUUUAUGUUGGUUUUUAAUAGAGAUCGGUGUCUCAUAAGUUUUACCCAGAUGUUCCCUGCAUGUCUACAUUUGGUUUCUGUACAUCAGUCUGCACCUCCUAGAGUUAAAGCCAUGGUAGUAAACAGCAAAGAGCUCUAACAAGGACCAAAAGGCAAUGGCUUCUCAUCUAAGCUCAUUCUGAUACGGUUACGUCUAGGAAAAUCACUUUAUUUGGUUUAGUUUUUAAAAAAAAUUUUG